UUCCUUUUUUAACUUUUCACUGCCAUUUUCUCAUUUGGACAAUAACUAUUGUUUAGAAAAGUCAUGUCAAACCCAACUUCACUCUCCAACAUCAACCCUACAUCUACAUCAACACCCAGUGUCGCUGGAGGUAUUCCUGCUUCUGGAACAAGUGGAUCGGAAGCUUCUGGUAUUACGUUUGAUCCUCGAGAGCUUCAUGUGGACUAUUCACAGUUCCGUAUUGGCGGAUUCUUGGGUAAUGGCCCAGUCUCGAGCGAUGGUUCCAAUAACAAUAAUAACAGAGGACAAGUGUCGGGAGAUGUAGACGACCUGAAUUUGAAUGAGGCAUCCAAUUCGGACUCGGAUUCGAAUUCGAAUGGCAACCCGAGUGCAUCACCGUUAAAGGCUACUUCGACUGCAAAUGAAAAAUCAGAGCAGGAAGUGGCUCGAGAACAGCGACAGGCACGGUUUAUGGAGUUGUUGCAAAGUGGGAAGAUCAAUGUUCCUAGAGAAGAAGAUCCAUUCCCUGGUAGGAAGUAUACCAUGCCAGUCGAGAGACCAAAGUAAAAAAAAAAAAAAAAAAAAAA